AUGCCCACCCCCGAGCGCAACACCGACCGGCUACCCUCGUCGCGUCGCAUCUAUGAGCAGCGCUCACCUUUCAGUCGAGCUCGUGGUAAUUCCCGAGCAGCUGAAGAUUUUGACGCGUCGCGGAUUCCCAGUCCGUCCUACAAAUAUACUACUCAGCGUCGCACGAAUUUCAAUGAGACCAAUACACUAACAGGAGCGUUCAGGAAAGCGGGGCGCUACGCAACGAUGGCAGAGAACGAGGGCAUUUCGGCAUCCGUUCCAUAUACGAGAGGGACGCCGAGUCCUGGAAGAAGGCGCAACAUCUACAAUGCCCAGUCCCCCGAGUCGAAUCCGCCGAACGAGCUUGCAGAGGCAUAUCGACAGAUAGACGACGCGGACAGCCUGGUCGAUCUAGAGCCAGAGGACGUCUAUGACCGGGGAGAUAAGAUUGGACGGUCAUCAGGCUAUUAUGCGCGAGAUUACGAUGUGUCUACGACCUCAGACGCGAGCUUUUUGCCCGAAAUUCAAGACGAGUCACCCCGCCGAAGGUUGUCCGAUCGUAUUCAGGAUGAGAAGCGCUUGAGGCGAGCCACGACCAGCCAUUCUCCUGUCUUGUCGAAUCGCGGCGGAACUAAGAAUGCCUUGACAGCGGAGAACCUUCAACGGCGUGAGGAGGAGGAUCAGCUACUUUCUGGAGACGAUGAUACUUUCCAGCGCGGACUCAAUGUGCCUUCCAAUUGGGGCAGCCGAGCGAAACGCAAUAGCGACUGGCUCAGGAAGUUGAAGCGACGCGAUGAGUCUGAGCCUGAACCCGAGCCUGAACCCCAGCAGAGGCCGGAGCCGCCUGCCAAUGUGUCGCCACCAGUGAAGAAGCUCAAUUUCGACUUCCGUACCAGCCCCGGCCGAUCCCUAGAACCGGCAUCGAGCAGGUAUAGCAGGAUCCCUCUAUCAGACGCCAGGAACAAAUUGUCCUCAGAACAUAAGGAAGACAAGGCUAUCGGAGGAACUUCGGAGCCUAUCGCCAAUACUCCGGUCAUUGUCUACAAGAACUCCAGUUUCACCAAGCCAAGUCCCUCGAAGCGCGACUCGCAUGAUUUGCUUCGCAGACUGGCCCGACGAGAGAGCCCUGACCAGAAUCGAAACGAGCAGGAGUUGAGGACUCCCGAAGCACCAAAGGGCGGCCAGCGUCGGAUAUAUGACAAAACCCCUGUCGUGACAGGUGCCUGGAUAGACACUCCCAUGACUGAGCGCAUUUCUGAACGCACCACCGAGAUGUCAGAGAAGCUCACGAAUGGUUCCAUGCCCCAAGUUGCGUCAAACGAGCCGAACCCCGUUAUUCCCCCGGUGCAAGAGGCAGAGGCAGAGGUCAAAGGACUCGAGCAGGAGACGGACGGGGACAAGGAGAGGGACAAACAAGAGCAGCUGGAGAGAGGGGGGGAAAAGGGGCUAGAGAAAGCAAAGAUGGAGGAGGGCCAGGAAAAGGCAAGGAACGAGAAUGAAGAGAAGGACAAAGAAGCGAAAAAACAGGAGGAGCAAGAAGAAAAGACCAAGGAACGAGAGAAGAAGAUGAAACCGUCACUCAUCAAACCCGAUCUGCCGAAAAGUGCCCUCGAGUCGGUCAUACAGGAACACAAGGCCGACAAAGAAACCCUCGAUGUGGGUGAUGAUACAAUUGAAAGCCUCCAAGAACUGCUGGCCGAGCAGUCGACUGAAACUAAGGCCGACCCACAGUCGGAUGCCGCCUACGAGAAGUCGAUAAUGGAGAAGUUAGAGCGUAGCCAAGGUGACGAGGACGUGGGCGAUCACCAGAUAAGCGAGAAACUGCUCUCGCUGGAAGAGAACCAGGACACUCUGAGGAAGAAGGUUGAUGGCGUUGAGGAACAAAUGACGCAGAAUAUACCGAAGAUACCAGAGGACUCUCCGCGUCCGCCAUCUUCCCAAGGUCAGGCGCAGUGGAAGCGCACCCUUGCAGGAAAGACAUGCGAGACUUGCGGCGCAGAAAAUGACGGCCGCAUCUACGCUUCCAUUCCGCUCCCUCUGUUGUGGAAGCGCGAUCCAAUCUCGCGGCGUAUCCGCAUUACGCACCUAGGUUGGGGGCUCCUGUUUUCACUCCUGUGGUUCGUCUCUGAAUCGACCAUGUGCGACUACUAUUGCCAUCCCACUGUUGCUCCCGUCUGUGAAGGAAACUGUUUGCGUCCUGAUGCCCCACAGUUUCCGUUUGUGCUUCCGACGAUGCUAUGGCGCUGGUCUCAUCUCUCUUCUGCUCUGGCCCCAGUUACGACCCUUGGAAUCGCCGUAAUCAGGUUCCUAGCACAGCUCCUAGGUCUCUGGGACGGUUAUGUCGACGUGCCACCGCGGACACUCAACCUUUCUGGCGAAGUGCGUAUCUACGGCACGCGAAUUAGUCAUUCGCCUGUGACUGCGACCGCUACUCCGGGUUUCUUUGCCAGGCAAUGGCCAGCCAAGGAGCCCAGACACACUCCGGAAGCCGUGUACACGCCAGAGGCCGUCCCAGAAUUGAGGCUGGAGCAAGAGUUGCCUCAGGAAAUGUGGGACGAUGACUCGAUGGAGGACGACGAAUUAUUGUGA